GAAGUUUAGACUCCAUUAGCGUUCCCUCCACGCGACAUCCACACGCCUAUAUAUACAUACAAAAAAUAUACAGUAAUCUCGAACCCAUUAUAUAUAUAUAAUAUAUUAAUCAACCCGAAAGAAGGAAAGGGAAAAAGAUGCAGAGUCUGCAAGAGAAAGCUUCGGAAUGGAGCGGCGUUGACCAAGAAGAUGCAUUCGCCAUUGACCAAGUUAAUCUUUAUCAUAAGUUAGGUGGCCUCCAACCUUUUAUCAAUCUCUCCACCGAUUUCUACACCAGGGUUUAUGAUGACGAAGAAGAAUGGUUUAGGUCUAUUUUUGCCAAUUCAAAGAAGGAAGAUGCAAUUCAGAAUCAAUAUGAGUUUUUUGUGCAAAGAAUGGGAGGGCCUCCUUUGUACUCUCAAAGGAAAGGUCAUCCUGCUCUCAUAGGCCGUCACCGCCCAUUCCCGGUGACUCAUAAGGCAGCAGAGAGGUGGCUACACCACAUGCAACAAGCAUUAGAUAAUGCCACGGACAUUGAUCAUGACUCGAAAACCAGAAUGCUAAAUUUCUUUAGGCAUACCGCAUAUUUUUUGGUGGCUGGAAAUGAUCUGAAGAAGCAAAGCCAAGGAGUUCCACCUUGUAAUGGAGCCAACAAACCAGCGGCCAUCUAAUUUUUGUUUUAUAUUUAGAAAUUUAUGAUUAAAACGAAUUUGUUAGUUUAAAAGGGACAUAAAUGUCUUGCAACGGAUUUUGAUGAUAAUUGUAGUUCCAUUUACUUGUUCCA